GUGUGUGUGUGUGUGUGUGUGUGUGUGUGUGUGUGUGGUGGGGAAAUGGGGUUGUCUUGUGACUGCUUUAUAAAAGUAGGUCUCCUUGUCCUCUCGUGAAGCUCUGGAGGUGAAGUGAAAGGAUAUUUGGAACAGAUCCCUCUAAUCUGCAUUGUUCAGAUCAUCCAAGAAUGUCUCCAGGCUGCAGUUCCAGUUCAAGGAAACAAUUUAAAAUUAAAGGAACAAAAAGUGUAACAGAAUAUUUCCUUUACCAACUGUCUUUACAGUUUUUUUGUGGUUUUUAAAGCUGACUUAGUACAGACAACAGCUAGAGAAUUCACCGGCAUUGCCGCCAUUGUGUCAGAAUGAGACCCCCCCCCCCCUCCAUUUUAAAAUGGCUUGUUUGGACCCCUAACACACAUUUGCCACGUAGGAAAUGUUAAUCCACCUUUCCACCGAUAGUGUCUUUGUUAAAUAGGUUUGUCUCUUUGGUUACAAGAUGGAUCUUUCUAAGAGUGAAAGUUUCCCGAUAAAUCCCUUGGGUGUUGUAAUUAAACAAUCUGAUAUUCAUUUUGAGCUAGCUCCUCUCGUCUUUAUAUACUUCCAUAUCACCAGUUCAAAUCUGCUUUCCGAAGGUGGAAUUCAUUACCUUAGUCUUAAAUUGGCCAAAUUAAAACAGUCCAGAUUAUUGUCCUGCUCCGAUUGCUGUUUUUGUUUCGAUGCCUCCCACUAUUUCUGCCUAAAGCUUUCUUCAAACAAUUAGAUCAUCUGAUUUUGUCAUUUUUGUAGGGAGGGAAACAUGAGAGAAGGAAGAGCAAACAAGAGAACUGACAUGAGAAUCCAGGGUGAGAGCUGGGUCAAAGGUCAUGCCAAGAUUCCUGACAGAUGGCUUGGUGUGAGAAGCAAGCUGACUAAGAGAGUCUCUGACUUUGGGAACCAGCUUGUCUGGGGCACAGAUGAGGAUCUCAGUCUUAUCUUCAUUCAGCUGAAGAAAGCUCCCAGCCAUCCAGGUUUUGAUAGAGUCUAAGCAGGUGUGUAACAGCUGCAGCUUAGAAAUUUCAUGGGGCUUAAAGGAGAUGUACAGUUGGAUGUCAUCUGCAUAAAGAUGGUAGGAGAUUCCUUUGAAGGAGCUCAGAAUGUGCUGAAGAGGAAGCAGAUAGAGGUAGCAAAAAUUACAUAAACAUCCCACAUAUUGGAAGUUUAGGAUUUUCUCUAUUAACUCAUUCACUGCCAGCCGUUAGUUAUUUGAACAGAAAGCCCCUGACUGCAGCGUUUUGAGCAUUUUUACAGUUUUUUUAAGAGUCACUGAACAUUGUUCUCUAUGACCAUGUAAACACCAAAACUACCAAAAGAAAGAGCAGACUUAGUUCUUACAUCAGUGAAGAUCUGUGUGUUUCUAGCUUUUUUGUUCUUUCACAAUCUGUUGUCGAAGUGUGAGCUGCAGAAACAUGUCCGCUUUAGGCAUAGCAGCGUCCCAAACCAAUCUCCUAAUUCAUGGAUUGUCUGUUUCAUGAUCACAUGACAUGUGACACUUAUGAAUAUCAACUUUAGAGCUAUGAUGUUUACUCUCAAGGUGCGCAAGCUUGUUCCCAAGUUGUUAAAAAACGCAAUAGAUAACUUUAGUCAUUAGUGUCAGUGAAUGAGUUAAACAGAACUCUGUUCAUGCGCAACACAUUUCUAAAAUAAGAGACCAUCGAGUUCAAACAAAAAAAAACUAGGUCAAACAUUUCAUUUCAUGUUAUUUAUUGACAUUGAUGUUAUUCCAUUGGUGUUUGAUUUUGUUUUUAAAGCUCACUUGCGUCAGUUACUUUAAAAACAAUCACAAUUGGCCUAAUUAUAAUCUAAUAAUCUGUUAAAUUGCACUAGAAUGAAGGAAAUGACAUCUACUUCACUAAACGUUUUAAGGAGGAUGACCCCCCCAACACACACACACACACACACACACACGUUAUUUCUGAUUUUGACACCCUUGAGAGAAUUUGUACUAAAUGAAUCUCCUUUUGAACUGUUUUAUAGUAGCUCUGCUGCUGAUGUGUUUUGGCCUGCUUUGUUUUCAUCAUGAGACUGCAGAACCCUGCAGCUUAAGUGCGCAUGUGUGUUCUCUUGUUUCUUCCUUAUGAUCAGCAGGGAAGGUAGAUGGUACAUAAAAUAGGCCACUGCUGUGUCUAAAACUUUAUGCGGGCUACAUGCGCAUGCAAUCAUAAGCAAGUGGGCAAAGAGAGAAGGCAGUAGAGUAAAAAAGGAAGGGCAAUGUAGGUGCUAGGGUAAGAAAUACUAACUGUUGGGUUUUAAAGUGGAUGUUCCAGAUCUCAGAGUACCAUAAGUGAGUGCCACAACCAAGAUGGCAGCCGUGAGGCUUGCCACAGUACAAGUAGUGUUCCUAUCUGCCCCUCUCCUGUAUGCGUUAUGUGUCUACCAAACUCCAGCAUACACGACUGGAGCGUCUACAUCUCAUGUCUACUAUUUACAAUGACCUGAGUCUAUUUACUUCCCAGGUGGAGGAGGAGUUACAGAAUGUAAUCAUUGCAAGCCGUAAGACACCACGAUUGCCGGCCGCUGCUCUGGGAUCUUUGCCAUGUUCAUGAUUUAUUUUUGUUGUCUGCUUAGGUAGAGUGGUGUUUCACAUCUCUCUGUGAUAAACAAUUCAAAAUGAAUCCAGCUUCACGGGUUGCGAAUCAAGUUAAAAACAAUAUCCUGUUAUUACAGAAACGAUUCAAUUCAAAGCAUUUAAUUCAACUGCACUGUAAAAAUGCUACAAUUUUAUUCUACGGUUAAUAUUUUUGUAGAUAUUUUAUAAAAUAAAGAUGCCAGUUCUGUUAAAGUGACAGUACAACGUUCUCUUUUCAAAUAUGUAAGAGACCACAUAUCCCAAAGCAUUAUGGUUUUAUGGCACUUGCAACAAAAAAACUCCAUAACAAAAUCACAUGCCAAUGUAUUUAUUUUAGACAUGAACCAACAAAAAGUGACUGAAUCUUUGGUUGGAAACUCAAUAGGUAAGCAGUACAGAAUAAGAAUAAAGAGCAAUAUUUCAGCCUGAGCCUAUUGUUUUGAACACUAGAGGUAAACCAUCAUAUAAAAAAGUUACACAGAUAUAAACAAACGAGUAACAAUAACCUUAUAAUGAUGGUGGUCAUUCAUUUUAAAAUGUAGCCUGAGGCUGGGGAAGCCAGAGUGGAAGGACAAAGCAGCAACCAGCUUCUUAUCUCAGUACUUAACACAGUGACAAGCGCUUUAUGGAAACAAUUAUGGAAAAUAAACUAAUACAUUUAAAAUAAUUGCUACUUUUUGACCUGUGAAAGCCAAGGUACUCACCAUACUCUUGUGUGUUCCCUCGCACGCUGGUCCAGAUUGGAAGUGCUGCCAGUAAAAGUCAACGAGUUUACAAAUAACUUGGCUUCAGUCAAGCCUCCCUUCCUUCUUAUAAAACCCAAAAAUGGUCCACACUUUUGAUUUUUGUUUCCCCGACGAGUUGAAAUUCUGUCCCGGUGUGUUAUCAUCUCCAUCGCUGACCCCGGUUUCACACUUAAAGCGUCAGUGGCGUGAAACGGCAGCGGAGCGUCACUGCUUCAAAUAGAAUCCAUUAUAGUCAAUGGACUGUUUCCAACCAGCAGCAAUGUGGCAAUUUCCAGGCCCCUCCCAGAAAUAGCACGCCUCGCCGCUAAGGGAUCCACGGAUGCAUCAAUUUCUGCAGUUGACAUAGGGCUAGACAAGAAAUCACACACAGUUCCAGGGUAAAAUCCCUGGUAAUUUUCAAAAGAAAAGCACUGCAGCGAUGCUCACGUGUGACCCAAGGGCUUAUUUACUCACAGCAUCGUUCCUGAAGUGCUGCGGUGUGUUUUUCAUGGCUUUAAUCCUGUCGGUGGAGAGGAACAACAUCAUAUAUGACAUCAGAGAUAUCAAAUGGGAUUUAGUUCUUCUUGUUUUAAUGGUGGAUUGCAAAAACAACUAUGACCUGAAGUUUCGAGGGAUCGUGUGAUCUCACGAGUCCAGCGAAGAGCACUGCGAGGAAGCCGUGCUGCUGCCAAGACUCUCCCUGUGUGAAAUGGACCACUUUGAAGUUCACGAGUAAACCAGUCUGCUGCCGUUUUGCGUCGCAGAUGCUUUUCAGUGUGAAACCUCCAUUUUCUGCGUUGUCAUUUGCUAUUCAUUCAUGCUAACAUCAGCAAGACACACAGGAAGUGAACCAAACCCACCCGUACGAUCCCGAACCGACGCGAUCCUCCCCUGACCAUAUUGACCCACCAACAGAUUAAAAGUCUCACAAUAGCCGAUCCGUGACUCUGCAACCUAUAGACUGAGGAAGCUGCUACCGAUGCAGCCGUAAAUCUCACCGUAUAUCCAGUUGCAUCGGUUUAUCCUGCACAGUAACGACCCUAGUAGAGACAUGCAACGUCAUUCUGCAUCCUCCUAAGGGCUCUGCAGCACACCUACAGAGGGUGACUGAGACAUGCCCAAUCUUUUAAUUGUCCAUCAAAAAUGACUAAGACCGCAAACCAGUGAUUGGUCAGGAUGCUGCUUCCUUGAAACUUUUCACCAUUCCCCCUUGACGAUAAAAGGGAAGAGACCUACAGACGGCUCAUCGGGCGGGUCGGAUUUGGGUCGAUUAAUAAUUUCAGUGUGAUGAUGAGCCGCACUUGGAAAGCAGAGAGAGGGAGGGAGAGAGACAUGAGGAGAUGAGGACGCACACACCUAAAACCAAACACCGUGAAACAUCAUCAUUCAUCCAUGGUGCAAAAGAAAUGCUAACAUGUUGGUUCUGCAAUAAUGUCAAUCGAGUUUUGUGCUUAAACUCCGUCGGGUCAUUUUGGUUUUAGCGUUUGGGUCUUAUUGGGGCUCUGCUGCGCUGCUGCUGGGUACGUGUGGGGGUGAGACGAGGUAGAUGAGAGCUCAGCACAGUCAAACAGAAAUAACGAUAUUGUUUUGCUGUGUCGGCCUGUAGAAGUUCUUCCAGAACUUUAUUCUGUUUAAUGAACCAGGGUGACUUGAAAAAAAAACUGUCUAACUUAGAGGUAGUGUUUUUUUUUUUAAUUUGCUUUGUUAAUCUUCUCCUCAGAGACACAACGGACAAAACGGGAGAAUAAAAGUCAAAAUGUCCUCAAAGGACAGGUAGUGGAAGGGUUAGUUAGCUGGUUAGUGAAGGGGAGGUAGCUAUCAUAAAUCCUAAUCCAGCCCACAGCCUCCUGGUGUUGUUGUUAUUAUUAUUAUUAUUAUUUUUUAUCAGCAAAUAUAAAAUAAAGAUUCAGCAUUUUUAUUGGAAGUUUGGGAUUCUUCAUGGUUUCAGUAUUUUCAGCAGCAGAGCCUGUUUCCUUCUGAAAUGAGGCCACUGGGUUCAAAUAAAAUAACAAACCAGGCCAAACAAGUUAUUUCAUGUUAUUUCUUAAUAUUUAUAUUAUUUCAUAGAUGAUGGAUUUAGUUUUUAAAGAAAAUGUAUAAGUUCUUUUAAAAAAAGUCAUUAUGUGAAGUGAAUGUUGAGCAUUAAUAAAAUUCUUAUAAUGUGUAUGAAUAUAGUGACAGAUGAACUUGUUAAAUGAACACAUACUGGUCUGGUGUAGCUUCAGAUCUGAAAUGAAUCAUUCCAGGAAAAGUAAUCAUUUUAACACAUCCUUGAUUAAAUGUACAGAUUAUUUAAACAUUUUAGGAUUCAAACAUCUUGUUCAUUCAACACAUUUGAUUAUUUCAACCUAUAAGUUGUAAAGUCAUUCAUAAUUCAAGGCAGAUAUUCAGAGUCUCGCCUGAGAUCUUGAGCAAAGAUAUUAUGGCUUCUUUGACUGGUUGCACAUCACAAAUCCCCGUUUUUCUUCCCUGGAGGCUAGACAGCUGUAAUGCGUCCAUGGAUAUGUGAUGCAGUUUGUUGCUGCAAAGUAAAAGUUAAUUUCUGUUCAUGCUGAUGAAAACUUUACCACUGGUAUGCUAAAAGGAGCCAGACACAAAGGUAACAGAACUCCUGCACUACGUAAUUUUUGAGUAAAGCAUCUUAGAACUGACCAUCACAAUUUCCUUUGAGUGACGACUUUUAUAAAGAGGAAAAUGCAGAAAACCUUUAGAAAAAUGUAGAUUUUUAACAUAUGUCCAUUUUUAGCAAAAAUCUUCAUCUGAUGCAUCAGAAAGGUUUAAAUAACAUCAAACAUUUCUUCUUUCAACCUGACAUGCUUGCUUAGUAAAAGGAUUACUGUAAAGACUAUGACACUAGUCAGUGACUCGAUGCAACCUGCUGGGUUCCUCAUAUAGGAAACUUUUUACUGACUGGCUUAAUGAACUGACCUGGAUUGGAAUAUUUACUGUGUGAAGGUCCUUGAGACGACUCUUGUCGUGAUUUGGCGCUUUAUAAAUAAACCAAAUUGACUUUGUAAGCUGUUAAAGGUAUUCUGUAAACCAGGGAGAUCUGCUGUAUGUCAUGAGCAUCAGGGCCAAGAGCCAAAGACAAGUUUCUAUAGCUUAGAAACCUCACACAGCACGGGAAUACGAGACAACGGACGGAACCGGUCUUCGGUCAUUAACUGAGACUUCUGUUCCAGAGAACUGAAGUGUGUCUGAGGGAGGGACAAGCGGUAUGUCUGAGCCUCUGGCUGUGUGGGAGUGCGUAGGCUCCUCCUCCCUCAUGUCCUGUGCCUCCUCUCUCUGGAUCCCAGCAUUGUGGACUGGACGCUCCAGCUGCACACACACACAUACACACACACUCAGCUGGUCUGCUGUUAUUGCAGUCAGAUAAAAUUUGAAGUGUGUUUGACUGUGUGUGUGUGUGUGCUUGUAUAUGUUCUAUGGAUGAAUGAAUGUAUGUGUGUGUGUGAGUGUAGAUAUGUACCUGUGUGUUAAGAUGUGUGUGUAAGGAUGAAAAGAGCCCAGCAUUGCUGUGGAUGGAUUCUUGCCCGCUGCUGCUGCUGCUGCUACAACGGCACAGAAAACUACCAUGUCAGCAGCUCUGAGGGGAAGAGUGAAUCUGUGGCAAACCUGCAGCCACAGCCCUCCCUCAACUCGCUGCAGUCCAGCGCUCCUGGUCCCAGACGUUCUGGAAACACUCUAAGAAAAUGGCUGACAAGUCCCGUCCGCCGCCUCGGCCAAGGCAGCUCCAUCAAAAAGCUCCCCAACAAUAAACCGAAGAAGCCAGGACCAGGUUCAGGCCGAGAUGAAAGCAGUAAGCAGGAUGACAACACUGAUGAGAGAGUCAGCAGUAAGGACUCAAACCCGCUAUCUAAAGGGCCCUCUGGGAUGCAGAGCGGAGGGGAGGAGGAACAGGAGGAUGAGCCGCACCUUCCUCUUCCUCCCCCCAUGAAGAUAAUUGAGAACCCCUCAGCUCAGGAUGACAAGUCCUUGCUAACAUCUCUGCAGUCGUCUUCUGAGGCGCCCAGUGCUGCAGAGCUGGUUAGUGCCAUAGAAAAACUGGUUAAAACCAACAUGCCCACGGAGCCUGGAGCAUGUCAGGGCUUCCCAUCUCAAUCUCCACCAGAGCAGAGCACUCCGGUCCAGCCGCGGAACCCGGAACUGGAACAGAGAGCCAAAGCGAUGAGAGGACGAAUGUUUGUUCUGAAUGAGCUGAUUCAGACGGAGAAGGACUAUGUCAGAGACCUGGGUGUCGUGGUGGAGGGCUUCAUGAAGCGCAUAGAGGAGAAAGGUGUUCCCGAUGACAUGAAGGGAAAAGAUAAAAUGGUAUUUGGGAACAUCCACCAGAUCUACGACUGGCACAGAGAUUUCUUUGUAGGAGAGCUGGAAAAAUGUUUGAACGAUCAUGAACUCCUUGCUGAGCUGUUCAUCAGACACGAGAGAAGAAUGUACAUGUAUGUGACUUACUGCCAGAACAAACCCAAGUCGGAGUACAUUGUAGCAGAAUACGAUUCGUACUUUGACGGAAUCCAGCAGGACAUUCAGUCCAGACUGUCCAUCAGUGACUUCCUCAUUAAGCCCAUCCAGAGGAUCACUAAAUACCAGCUGCUGCUGAAGGACUUCCUGAAGUAUAGCUCUAAAGCAGGAAUGGACUGUAAAGACAUUGAGAAAGCGGUGGAGUUCAUGUCUGAAGUUCCUAAGCUGUGUAACGACAUGAUGAAUCUGGGUCGGCUGCAGGGAUACGAGGGGAAACUGACCAAUCAGGGCAAGCUGCUGCAACAGGAAACCUUCUUUGUGUCUGAGCAGGAUGCCGGUGUCCUGUCUCGAUCCAAAGAACGCAGAGUUUUCCUCUUCGAGCAGAUUGUCAUCUUCAGUGAGCUGCUAAGGAAAGGCUCGUCCACACCUGGAUAUCAGUUCAAGAAGAGCAUCAAGGUGUCCAGCCUGGGUCUGGAGGACACCGUGGAUAAUGAUCCCUGUAAAUUUGUCCUCAUGUGUCGCGGCUCAUCUGAGCGUUUCACGCUGCAGGCUGCAAACGUGGACAUCAAGCAGGUGUGGGUCAAACACGUUCAAGACAUCCUAGAUGCUCAGAACAACUUCCUGUCAGCUCUGCAGUCUCCCAUCGUCUACCAGCAGCAGGAGCAGUGUAAAGUAAGCAGCAGCUUCCCACUGAGCAGAAAUCGCUCGAUGUCGGGGAACCGUCUGUUCUCCACCGUCGGCUCAUCAGGCUUUGAGUGUAAUAAUGGUGAUGACGGCUCGAAUGGCAUCUCCUCCUCCAUGAGGGUCACUCAAGACUACUCAGCUCUCAAAGAGAAUGAGAUCUCUGUCAGUGAAGGAGAGUUGGUCCAAGUCUUGGCCACCAAUCAGCAGAACAUGCACCUUGUUUUCCGACAGGCUGACAGCCAAUCCCCUGCUGCUGAGGGCUGGGUACCGGGACAUGUCUUAGGCCCGCCCACAAAGGCCAUAAAAGACUCUUUCUCGACCUCCUCCUUCCCAGCAGCAGUGGCAGAUGCCAACAACAUCAAGAAGUCACUGUCGUGGAACACAUUACGAGCCAGGAAGCGUUUAGAAGCUAAGGACGGUUCCUCGCUAGGAGUCAGGGGUCAGGAGAACUACUUCUUCCAUAAACCCAAAGAUGACACCACCCCUCCUCUCCCAUUGACCUUACCUGCACCUAGCCAGAAGGCCAAAGAGCUUCAUACUUCAGAUGAGUCAGACUGUGAUGACCUCGACCCAAAGACGGGUAUGGAGAUUCUCAACCCAAACUUCAUCCAGGAAGUGGCUCCUGAGUUCUUGGUGCCACUAUCAGAUGUGGUGUGUUCAUUUGGAGAGACUGUUGUCCUUUGCUGUAAAGUCUGUGGGCGGCCCAAACCCUCACUCAGUCUCAGGGGACCUGACCAAAACCUGGUGACAAGUCACAGUCGCUUCACCAUAGACAUCAGGGACACUGGUGACGUCUUGCUGAAGAUAUGUAAUGUGAUGCCUCAAGAUACAGGUAUCUACACCUGCAUUGCUGUCAAUGACCAUGGUGCCGCCUCCUCAUCUGCCUCCAUCAAAGUUCAAGGUGUUCCAGCAGCCCCGGGAAGGCCUGUGGCUCAGGAGGCAAGCAGCACUGUGGUAAUGGUCCACUGGCCCCCACUGGCUUUAUCUGCUCAGUGUGCCAUCAGCAAUUACACUGUGGAGUACAGACUGGAAGACUCAUUGCAUUGGCAGCAGGCAGCCAGCAGCAGGGAGGAGUGUGUGCAAAUUGAUUGUCUCAUUCCUGGAGGUCACUAUCAGUUCAGAGUUCGAGCAUCCAACCACUGGGGGGUCAGUCCACCUUCUGAGCCCUCUAAUAUGGUCACAUUAUCCAGCAGCAAUUCUGGACAUGAAGGAACAGGAAUCCAAUGGAAGGAACAUUUUGAGUCAACUUUCUCAGAAAUCUGUGAAAUAGGAAGGGGCCGUUUUUCUGUGGUGAGAAAAUGUUUCAACAAGCUCACAAGGAUAGAGGUUGCUGUGAAAUUUGUGAGUAAGAAAAUGCAGAAGAAAGAGCAGGUGGCACACGAGGUAGACAUCCUCCAACACGUGCAGAACCACCAGGUGGUGGCGCUGCUGGACACAUACGAGUCUCCCACUUCUCUGAUGCUCGUCUUGGAUCUACUGGAGGGUGGGCGUUUGCUUGACUAUCUGGUUGCUCAAGAUGAAUUGAUGGAAGAGAUGGUGGCCUUUUUUAUCAGAGAAACUUUGGAAGCCCUUCAGCACCUUCAUACCUGCCGAGUGGCACACUUGGAUCUAAAGCCUGAGAACAUCAUGGUGGACCUCAGUUCUUCGGCACCGUGUGUUAAACUCAUCGACUUUGGUGAUGCGGUACAGCUAUCCGUUCACCGUCGAUAUGUCCACCUGCUGUUAGGAAACCCAGAGUUUGCUGCCCCUGAACUUGUUCAAGGUACGCCAGUCUCUGUUGCCACUGACCUAUGGAGCAUGGGUGUGUUAGCCUACGUGAUGCUCAGUGGGGUAUCUCCAUUUCUGGAUGAAUCACCAGAGGAAACGUGUGUCAACAUCUGUCGCCUGGACUUUUGUUUCCCAGAGGAGUAUUUCCACAAUGUGAGCCAGGCAGCAAGGGAUUUUGUGACAUCAGUGCUUCAGCAGGAUCCCAGGAAAAGACCAAGUGCUACUUCUUGUCUACAACAUCCAUGGGCGGGUCGUGGGGGUACCCAAGGAGGUCAAUAUUCCAAGUUACCUCUAGACACAUCAAGGUUGGUCACGUUUAUUGACCGAAGGAGGCAGCUCCAUGACGUCCGUCCUGUCACCAACAUUAAGGGGCUGGUGAGCAGCAGCAUGGGCAACACACUGUGAUGACGACAGGACAGAAUCACGCCCAACUCUGGCAUUUUAAAAACAAAUAACUCAACUGUCUUUAAAAUGUGUUCAUGCGUGAGCGCAAAAAGUACCGACGAGGUGGAAUGGUUGAUGUUCAUGGACCUGUUUGAGUUGAUGUUACUUAAAUAAAACAGAUUGAUGCAUUUGCAGUUUUUAUUUAUUGAUAAAUAUUUUUGAUAGGUUCUCUCUAAGAUAACCAAAAGAAACCAACUCUACUGUGAAAAAGCCAUUUGCAACUGGUCUACUUUAUUUGUCCUUUUGUUCCAUGGUUCUGUUGCUAUGCAGAACACUACUGCUAAAAUCCACCCGUGUAUGGAGAACACACACACACACACACACACACACACACACACACACACAUACACACACACACACACACACACACACACACACACAGUGUUUGUAAAUAUCUUUGAUAAUGUGAUCACUGGUUAGGCAUGAAUUGAUAUUAUUUUCUGUUAGUUUGCAAAAUAGUAUAGGCUGUAAUCUACCGAAGUGGACAUUCAAGUACAGAGUGUUGUUCAGGCUGUAGCACAGUUUACUGUAAACAGCAACGGAGAAUUCUGACUGAAAAAACUGACUUGUUAAUUCUCAUUAGAAAGUUUAAGUGUGGGCCAAAUCCACCACCUUACUUCCUCUGAAAUAUUACCUAAAUAUCAUAUUUUAGCAGAUAUUUGUAGAAUUUAUUUUUCAUAUGUAAAUCUAAUGAAAAGCUAUUGGGAAGAGGGUGUUACUAAUUCCACUGUUGUUGUUGCUUUUGUUGGUUAAGUUUGAAUCUGGGUGAAACCAAGUCAAGGGGUGGGGGUGGGGGGGCAUGAAAUUCAACAGUACAUUUGUAUGUAAUGUGUUUCUUUACUCAUGGACAACAUCACUAAAGACAAGAUACUGUGCAGGUCGAUCAUAUUUGAGUAACAUUUUUCCUGAUGUAAGUUAUUUAGUACGUCUGCAGAACUGAGUGUGCAGGAACUGCUGACCUAUACAGAUGACUUGUUCACUCAGCCACCGGUCAGCUACAGAACCUUCUGACUGCUGAGUUUAAGUUCUGACCUGCUGGAGUCAACCACUGACUGAGUUGAACUGUCACUAAAUACAAGGAACUAAAGACAAAGAAGACAAAUACCAGAAGAUUUCUGCAAAAUAACAUAGUGAACUGCUGACCCACAUGUGGAAGGUUUGUUCAGAACGGAGAUGUUGUUUACAGAACAGUAGAACAAUCAGGACGCUUAUUCAUAAUGUUUGAAAGCAGGUAAGAAAUGUGUAUUUGCCAUGAUGAUGUUUAAAUCCUGCUGGUAAAUGUGCUCAUGUGGCCUCUGGGCCACUCUUUCAGUCUUUUCCAUCCCCUUUCUACACGAAUGUAUUUUAGUAGAAUGUGUUCUGCCAUCAAAAGCACUGUAAUUGAAUGUUUUUACCCGACCAUUUUACCAUACUACUGCUGCAUCCACACAUAGCUGUGUGUGCAUUGUCUUAACCAUAACCAAGGCACAUGCAAUAGUUUCUGUUAAGGCUUUAAAAAGUGCAACUGUGCAGUUGGAUUUUAUUUUCACAAUGCAAAUAGAAACUGUUCGGGUCUUUCGUGGCCUCUAUGGAAUCUAAGGGACAAAAUAACAUCCUUUCAGCUACUGCGAGACACUUGAAGGCAUCCUAAAGGUGGCGACUCAACAAACACGCAAAAUUGAAUGAAAAUAGAUGUAGAUUUAAUAUUGUUGUUUUCCUGUUAAUACAUGUUGGUAUUGUGACUAAAUGAUCAUGCAUAUCUGAAGGAUGGGUUGAAGAUUGGGUUUGACUGUCAAAACUGCCACCUUUUACACCAUAAAAAUACCACACUGUAUUAACAAGCAUACUACACAGUUGAACGGUUAGGAUGCAUCCCAUUAGGCAUUAUAACAGGAGUUAAAUUACGUUUUUAUGUACAGUAUCAUUUGCACCCAGUGUUAUGCCAUGUUCUCCAACCAUGAGUAAGGACACCUAAUGACGCUUGUGAUGAUGAGGUACGGACUGUAUUCUGCCUCUUGGCUGCACACAUCUUGGAGAUAAUUGGCCUAGAAGACUAGACAGACUGUAUCAGAAUCAAAAGGAGCAUCAGCUGGCCAGAGCAGUUUUGUCAGUUUGGUGAGCCAAUCACAGCGCUUUGAUGGUUUGGUGGGCCAAUCAGAGCUCUAGAGGAUUCAUGGACAGAAUUAACACCAGAGCUGCAACGGAACAAAACAACAAAGAUGACAGCGACUUGUUUGGAUCGGCUUUGAAAUCAACUUUGAACUAUUUAGGCUUCUCUUUGAGUCAAGAGCAGAUAGAGGUACUUAAGUCCUUUAUUUGGAAAAAGGAUGUAUGCACGUCGUCUUCAACUGUGUAUGAAGGACUGCCCCGUUCACUGACAUCUGUAGCAGUGAGUACUUCACGUUCAUAAUUGUCCAAUAGCAUGUAGAGACCGUUUAAAGACAACCCGCCCCACAACUGAGCUUUGUCUAUGGGUCAUGGCCAGACUUUACAUUCACAUAUGUAGGGUGGUUUGACAGGCUCCCUCUAAACAAGCAUCAGUGCAACAACAACAACAGUAAAUAAUGUACAGAAACAAGUAAUACAGUCUCCUUGUUUUAAAAGCCUUGUUUGUUUUCCCCAUAUGUUUGGCCACUUUAUGCCUCCAUUAAACAAUGAAAAAGCUGCAGCAACAAUAAUGAAGAUAAGUUACUGUAACAUCCUCAGGAAGAAGUGUCUUCAGUUACUGCACCAGAGAAGUGGACAUUGCUGGUAUCAGUGGAUGCCUACAGCAAAUUAAUAGAUUAUGACAAAAUCAAGUUGAUACUUCAGAAAAGAAAGAAAUUACCCUGUGGUGCAAUCCUGUUUCUUCACAUGUCCUGUAACUUGGCAUCUCCAUGGAGGAGGCUGAGCUCUGCAUCUAGUCUGUCUUAAGAACUCAGGGUCUUAAUGAGUUGCCAAUAAUAUUUUACUAAUUCACCAGAUUUUUCUUUGCAUUUAGAUUAAAAGGUAUUCCCUGUGGAGCCAUUAGAUAUUUGCCCAAUGCAUCCAGAACUUCUGGGCUUAGGUUGUUUCAUUACUUUAUUGCUCUAUUCGUCUAAUAAAGUCUGUUGAAUUGC